UGACCUCGCGCAGAGCCCAGGCUGACCAAUUCCAAUAUGGUGGCCAGCCUGGCAGGUCUACGGUUCCUGUUGAUGAUAUUGUUGUUCUGCGGGUUCAGGUUCGGCGCCUGCGGCCGGGAGGCUCCGCCGGUUCUCGGGCUGCGACUGGAGGACCCGGCGGGUCCGGUGUGCAUGAAGGAUCGGAUCCUCUCGGCGCCAGAAGGAGCCUCGUUCGAGCUGCGGCUCUUCUUUGGGACCCGGACGGAUCUGAAUGGAAGCUGGCCGUGGGUGGCGUUCGCUGGGGCGGCUGGAGGGGCCGCCGGGGCGGUCGGGGAUGCGCCCGACCCGUGCGGGGAGGAGUCCAACCGUCACGAGUCCGCUUUCCAGGUGACGGGUGAGUUAGUCCUGGAUGAGGAGUACAGCGGGUUGGUACCGGUGGAGGUCCGGCAGAGGAGCAUCUCUGCGGGAGCGACCUUCCACCACCUGUGCGUGCUGAGCGGAGGCAGCUGGGCGUCGGUGGGCCCGGACAGACUGCGGGUCGACCCGGACCCCGCACCGCCCGCAGACUACAUCCCGCCGUGGGGUCUGGCCGUCCUGAUUGUGGUGCUGCUCCUGGUCUGCGGGACGCUGAGGACCGUGAACCUGAGCCUGCUGUGGCUGGACCCCGUGGAGCUGUACGUCCUCCACAGCUGCGGUUCCGAGGAGGAGAAGCGGGCCGCCAAGCGCCUGGAGCCCAUCAGGAGGAGGGGGAACUUCCUGACGUGCUCCCUGCUGUUCCUGUGCGCCCUGGGUCACUCGGCGCUGGGCGUGCUCCUGUACCGGGCCCUGGGCUCCAUCGUGUCCGCGGUCUUCGCCAGCGGCUUCCUGGUCUUCUUCCUCGCCGAGCUCGCCCCCCACAUCCUGUGCUCCGGCUACGGGUUCCAGCUGGCGCCGGCUCUCACCUGGCUGGCCCAGGUGAGCAUCGUGCUCACCUUCCCCCUGUCCUGCCCCGUGGGGCUGAUCCUGGACCUGGCUCUGAGGAGGGACGUCAGCACCUGCGGGAUACGGGAGAGGGCGAUGGAGAUGAUCCGCACCAGCGUCAACGACCCAUACAGCGAGUUCGUGAAGGAGGAGUUCAGCCGCGGGAUGCUGCGCAGUAAGACGGUGGAGGACAUCCUGACCCCGCUGAAGGACUGCUUCAUGCUGCAGAGCUCCGUCCUCCUCGACUUCUCCACCAUGUCUGAGAUCAUGCAGAGCGGCUACACCCGAGUGCCCAUCUACGAGGAGGAGAGGUCCAACAUUGUGGAGAUCCUGUAUGUGAAGGACUUGGCUCUGGUGGACCCCGACGACUGCACCCCGAUGACGACCAUCACCAAGUUCUACAACCACCCGCUGCACUACGUCUUCAACGACACCAAACUGGACGCCAUGCUGGAGGAGUUCAAGAAAGGAAACUCUCACAUGGCCAUCGUCCAGAAGGUGAACAACGAGGGGGAGGGAGACCCUUUCUACGAGGUGCUGGGAUUGGUCACGUUAGAGGACGUCAUCGAGGAGAUCAUCAAAUCGGAGAUCCUGGACGAGUCUGAUGGCUACUUGGACCGGAAGGUGAAGCGUCCUCUCGCUCAGCUGGAGAUUCCUCUGGAGCCUCGCAGCGUCCACGAGGAGUUCUCGCUCUUCAAGCCUCCCGAAGGAGAACCCAAGAUCCGAACGUCGCCGCAGCUCCUGCUGGCAACGCACCGCUUCCUGUCCAGAGAGGUGGAGCACUUCAGCCCGGGACGCGUGUCCGAGAAGGUCCUGUUCCACCUGCUCCGUCACCCCAGCGUGAACCAGGAAGUGCACUUCGACCCAAACAACCGGCUGAGCGCGGGUCACUACCUGUACACCCGGAACCACCCGGUGGAUUAUUUCAUCCUGCUGCUGCAGGGUCGCGUGGAGGUGGAGAUCGGCAAAGAGGGGCUGAAGUUUGAGAACGGGGCGUUUACGUACUACGGCGUCUCCGCUCUGACGCUGCCAUCUUCAGUGCACCAGUCUCCAGUGUCGACCCAGCGUCACUCCCCCAGGGAUCCCUUUGAGUCAGCAGAAGCUACGAGCCCGUCCAGCUAUUGUCCCGACUACACCGUCCGAGCUCUCACUGACCUGCAGCUCAUACGGGUGACACGUCUGCAGUAUCUGAACGCUCUCAUGGCGUCGCGGGUCGGCCAGAGUCCAGAUCCUCCUGAGAUCAAGAUCCUGCCCAACAGCCAGACCAAGCUGCUGAACGAGAGAAACACCACACAAGGUGGCAGUAGUAGGAGCCAGGAGAGCUCCACAGAAGAGGAGGCUCAUGGGUAGUGCGGUCCUGCUGUUACAGACCUGCUCCAAAACAAGUAGAGAUUAUUAGUUUUUGUUUGUUUUUAUUGACGGAUCAUCUAUGGCUGGAACGUAGUUAUUGGACAAGACUGGAGUGAGAGUGAUUUUAUUUGUCUGUUAUGUUCUCAUCUCCAUCCUCAUUCCUUUAAAAUUAUUAUUUGAUGUUGUUUUAUACACUUUGGACUAUAUAUGUGUGUGUGUGUGUGUGUGUGUGUGUGUAUGUAUGUAUAUAUAUAUAUAUAUAUAUAUAUAUAUAUAUAUACACACACAUACACACAUUUUAUUAUAAUUUGGCAGUGCCUUUCUUCCAGGUUUAGCCUUUCGUACUAAACUCUGCAUUGUCAUUCCUCACUAUUGCUGUCUGGGUGCCAAAGCUACGUGUCUGUCUGUCUGUCUGUCUGUCUGUCUGUCUGUCUGUCUGUCUGUACUGAAGCAUCCGUCCGUUUGAGACACUAAAGAUAAAAAAUAAACACACACAAGCUGGUUAAAAGCAGGUUUGCACAUUAAAUUUGUGCACUGUUGACAGAGUUAAGCUAUUUUUUACAAGCCGUAAAAGGUACGUCCAGAUUUUUUACGCCAUCACGUAACGCCAACGCCAAAAUAUGAAAGAUUCAAGUUAGAAAGGGACGCAGGUCGUAACCAAAGUAAAAAAGGAUUAAAGGCUCAAGAUGAACGAGUGGUUGUAAAAAAGUGAAUGAUUAUUCAAUUGUCAGAAAAAUAACUAUUUUGAUAAUCAAUGAUUUGCAGUUAUGAGUAUUUGCUGCUUUUCUUUGUCUUGUGUGAUAAUAAACUGAAUAUAUUGGUUUUUCAGACAAAACAGGACAUCUGAACACGUCAUAUGUGGCAAUUCUUCCCCAUUUUCUGACAUUUUAUACACCAAAAUAGAAAUAAAAUAAUAAAAUAAUGGUUGUAAUCCAACAUGUUUGAGCGUAUAUACAGUGCUGACGUUUGCGUGCGAGUAAAGACGGGAGAGUUGUGUAUUUUAGCCAAACAGUAUCUGUAAGAGAAACAAGCCAUUUGCCUCCUAUAUUCCUUUUAGCAAACUUUCACCUGCAGGUGGUGCUGCGUUCAACAGUAUCUCAGAAUCAGCUUCAUUAAUCUGGUUCUGGUUUCCAUUAUCUGUCAACCUGUCAAAUAUCUGCUCAGAUUCAUAAUAUAGUUGUUUUAUUUUAUGAUUUAAAUGUUUUUGUAAAAGCUGCUCGUGUUUAAACAAUAUUUAACAUCUGAGAACUUUUGAUUUCUUAGUUUUAAAAGUUCAGAUAAGACAAAAGAAAAUAAUAAUCAGACUCAUCCAUCCAUCAGCUCUAACUAAUUAUCUUUAAUAAUAAAAAUAGUGUUAGUUGUAAGUUUGGUAUCAAAACUCAGGUAUCAGCACUAGUAUUUUAAAAUGUCAAACUAUAUGCAGCAUUACUACUCACUGCAGUUGGGCUCAAACUAAAAUCAUAAUGAUCUUUAAUCAAUUAGUCUAAUUCACAUUCACAUUUUCCAGCUUCAGGAUCUGCUGCUUUAUACGACUGUAACCUGAAUAACUUUGUGUUUGUCGGACAAAAAGAGACGUUUGAAGACGCCGAUAUCUGCCUUUUACUUUAUUCCUACGUUUUAUGGACUUAACAGCUAAUCAGUUAAGCAAAUAAAAGAAGCAAUGAUUUGUUACUCUGUGGCGUAUUCUUAUCCGCAGAUAGUUUAAAGUUAAGGUUGAAGAUAUUCUACAACUUUGUUUAAACAAAUCCCAUUAAAUGUCUGUCCGUCUUCCUGUCUGUUGCUCUCAGCUUCAAGCUAUGGAGGCUCAUUUCAGCCAAUGUGACGAGAAAAAAUAGGAUUUCUGCAAAUUAUUUUAAUGAGAAAUGUUCUCAAAAUACUGACUUACUAUCACAAAGUCAGUAUUUUGAGAUACUAAGUCAAAAUACUGAGAAACUUUCUUAAUAUUUUGAGAUAAUAAGUCAUUAUUUUGAGGAAGUUUCUCAUAAUUACUUACAGAAUCUUUUACGUCACAUUGACAGAAAUGAGCUUUACAUACCAAGCCCAUUGGUUCCUACUGAAGAUAUAAAUCUUUAAAAACACCUUACAAAUAUAUAUUUACAUGGUUAAAAAAGGUUCAGUAAUUUCCUAAAUCAUCUGCAGUUUUUAAUCAAACAAAGAGGGAACAGUGCAUUUGUUGGGGACUAUUUUAAGCGGCGGAUUAAAUCCACAGUUAGUGAGUAUUUGGGGCAGCAGGAUGGUGCAUGUGAGACUGAGUCAAAAUAAAUUACAUGAUCUCACUCUGUGUGUGUGUGUGUGUGUGUGUGUGGCGUGUGUGAGAGAGCAAUAUUUCCCUAGUACAUGUCAGCAAACGAGCAUCCAGCCUCCACCUGAACUCCAUUACCCAUCAUGUCUGUAUGUCGAUGAGCUUUUAAAAACAUCCGUCAUUGUUGCAUGAGUGUAAAAGAAGCGGGAAAAUGUCAGCAACGGCCUCUAAACGUGUUUCUGUGUGUUUGUAGAUUAAUAUAUAUUAACGAUGAGGAGGGAUGUUUGCGAGGCCAACUCUCUCCGUGAGCUGUAAAACUAAAAUCAGUGUUUUGGGGUUUUUUUUAAAAAAGGAAACGGUUUGGAUUUAUUCCAUUACGAUGUGACGGAGUAUUGGGGCCAUACUAAGAGGAAAAAUAAAUAAAUAAUAAAUUAAAUUUUGGAAAUUACGAGAAUAAAGUCGUAAAAUUCAUUCGCACAAUUGUUUCAAAGUCCUGAUACUGAUGAUAAUUUGAUGCUGAUGAUCCAAAAGAUUAAGUAUUUCCUCAUUUGUGAAACCGAUAUCAAAGUAUAACUUCACAAGAUGCUCAACAUUCCUCAUUUUAACGCAGCUGGAAGAGUUCUCGCAAUAUUACGACUUUUUCCUGUAAUUCCCCCCAAAAAGUCUGGCCCUAACACUCCGAGGUAAAUACUCACGUGCCCAGAUGUACUUUGAGAAAGUGAUGUGUGCAGUAAUUUCCUCGUGUCCAUACCCGCCCGAGGGGAUUCCCUCAUAGUGCGACACUGUAAAACAUACGGGACAAACAACACAUGCUCAGAGUCAGAUACUGGCUCCACUUUGGUCUGGAGUUUAGAAUAAUCUGCAAUAUUGUGUUGUUCCCCUCACCUUUACCAACAGUGGCACUAACUCCAACUAGUCAUCUAACAACCGUAACUCAAUCUGACCCAUAACCACAACCACGGAGGGGUGUCGGUAUGACAACCGCUACUGGAGGUGGGAGGGAAGAGCAGAAAUGAAAGUUCAUCUAGAUCAGAUUCUGAGUUCACUGUUCGGUUUUCAUUGUUAAGUUUUGAAUACAAUCCAUAAAAUAUGUCACUUAGUUUACAAAAUAAUAGAAAAGGGAAAUGAGAAAAAGUUUAGAAACCGCUGUCCAACAGUAAGAAGCGCUGUCAUUGUUUAAAUCUUUUUACCUACAGUUUCUACGGUAGCUCAGAAAGGACAAACCAAAUGUUUAACAAAUUUAAAAUAAAUAUUAUUUAUAAAUAUCUCCAAAAUUCAGUUGUCCCGCUUUUCUUACAGCGUAAUCACAGCCCGAUGGGAGUUUCCUCGCAGCCGGUAUGAAGAGAGGAGUAAUUACUCUCUCCACGUAUUAACAGUAUUUGCACGCGAGUUUUGUAUUUAUACGACAAAAACCGUAAAAGAAAUCCGAACUUUUCCUCUCUGCACCGGCCGUGUUACGUUAGCGCCGUUCGUCUCUUUGAUUCCAUUUGUGUGUUUUAUUUUUUGUUUUGAUUCAUUCAGUGUUAUCACUCCAUAUUCCAGGAGAAAUCUUUAAAUCUGUGUGAUUCUGAGUACAUAUUGUUCAGCUGUUUUUUACUUCAUAUGUUUGUUCUGUUGUAAUGAUUUUAAAUUUCUUUGGGUAUCAGAAGAAUGUAAAAAGAUAAUCAUUGUUUGUGCUACUCGUACUGAUUGAGAGAGAUGUCUGGGGGUUGAUGACGAUGAUGAUGUGGAGAACUGUGUGUUGAUAUACGAGGAUGUAGUUUAUAGAUUAUUGGUCUCAGUUUUCAGGUACAACACGGAGUAGUGGAACUAUUUGGUUUCUGUCCAGGUUACAUUUGUAUAGAACUUCUCAGUCUUAUUUUAUUAUAAUUUUUUUGGGAAUGCUUCCAGUUUUGGGGACAUUGAGAGUCCAUUGCAUUUAACACUUUCAAUAAUCAAGUUUCUUAGGAAAUAAACUCAAUCCUGUUCUAAAUGUGCUGUUUUUGUUUGUCUCUUCUGUUCCAACACAAAGUAAAGCAAUAAUAUAAUAAUAAUAAAAUGUCUAUAAACAUG